UACUGAAACACCAGAACCUGUAAUUACAACAGAAGCACUCACUGAAACAUCAGAACCUGCAUUUACAACAGAAGCACUUACUGAAACAUCACAACCUGUGUUUACAACACAAGCACUAACUGAAACACCAGAAUCUGUGUUUACAACAGAGGCACCUACUGGUACUCAAACAUCAGAACCAGCGUUUGUGUUUACAACUGAAGCACCCAGUUCAACAACAGAACCAACAGAAGCUAGUGGAAACAGCAGUACUAUUGGUAGUGGCAGUGGCCAGCUGGAUCUAGACACGUGUGUAUCAAAUCCAUGCCAGAACAAUGGGACAUGUAGUGAUGUCAUCAAUGGUUAUGCAUGUACUUGUAUUUCUGGUUAUACUGGCACUGCAUGUCAAACAGACAUCGAUGAGUGUGAGUCUGCUCCAUGCCAUAAUCAAGGAACUUGUAGUGAUAUGGUAGAUGGAUACACAUGCCAGUGUUUUGAAGGAUAUACAGGCACAAAGUGUGAGACACAACUGGAUGACUGCUAUUCGAAUCGUUUAUACUCUUUCGGUUUAAGUGAAGAAAGCGAGUCACUGUAUCGUUAUCUUGAUGGUGUGUCUUCACCUAUUUCAAUUGAAGUCGGAUUUCCUUUUUUUGAAAAUGUGUAUUCUACUGCUUAUGUUGGAACCAAUGGAAUCGUUUCGUUUGGGAGACCAUUCUACUUUUGGUGGCCUCAUUAUUUUCCUGGAUACAGUUGGAUAAGACGACAAAGUGUAGUUGCACCAUUCUGGGCUGAUGUCGAUAUUCGGAAAGAAGGCAAUGUCUGGUAUAAUGUUUAUACACAUAGAGAUGACUCUGCAGUCAAGAUGGCCAAUAGAGAUAUUCAAACACUCUUGAAAGGAUAUGAAUCGUUUGAAGCUCAAUGGGUUCUUGUUGCCACAUGGGACAAAGUUCCUAAUUAUCCUGAUGGUUGUUAUUCAUACUACAGUUGGUGGUGGUGGUGUUACGAAGAUGAAUACACAGGCUUGAGAAAUACGUUUCAGGCUGUAUUGGCUACUGAUGGUCUUAGCUCAUUUGCAAUAUUCAACUACAAUUGUAGUGAUUUGCAGUGGUCUGGGAGAUGGUCAAAGGGUGUUGUUGGAUACAACGCUGAAGGAGGGACAUACUAUGAGAAUCACAGACUAUCCCAAUAUGACCAGGUGACAACGAUUGAUCAUGACGUUUCGGCAUCAAAUGUAGGCAAACAAGGGAAACUUGUCUACCCUUUGCAUCUCGACCCUUCCAUUAUUGCAGUAGCUAGACGCGAUUGCUUAGUGUGGUUUGAAGAGGAUCGAGCAAGAGAAGAUCUGUCUUGGGCUGCAGAUCUUGAACCCUGUCCUUGUAGGUGGUGGCAAGCUUGGUGGGACAGACGGUUUAGAUUUGAUUGGUUUUCUUUCUGUGCUUACUCUACUUUCCCGUCAAACAGUGGCAGCAGACAACAGUGCUGCUAUUCAACAGAUUGGUUUUCGUGGGGUAGUCUCUUGGUUGGUCCUCGUUAUGGAGGCUCGGCACAGCGAUACGAUCCAUCAGUCAAUUAUCUAUUACAUUACCAACUUGAUGAUAAACCACGUAGAGAUUGCUGUCGUGUUGGUAAUUUAUGCCAUUUGUACUACCAGCGAAGACCAUCACAUGACUGUACAGGUUAUGUACCACAAAGGAGAGCCUGGUUUUGGGGAGACCCACAUAUUACCACACUGGAUGGUAAACAGUAUACUUUCAAUGGCUGGGGAGAAUACAUCACCAUGAAAACUGUCAAUGACACUUUUGUACUUAUGGGCCGAACAAGGCCUGCUAACGGAUCGAGUGCGACUGUUUUCUCAGCAUUUUCUAUGGCCGAGUUUUAUCCUUCUAGUGGGUUUGAGAGUCAAACUCCAAAGUCAGAUAUUGUACAUGUGGAGCUUUCCGACUUUAACUUGUUAGUUGUCAAGUAUCACUCUGUGGCACCUAACAACCAGUCGGAUUGGCAAGACAUCAGCAGCAAUGUUACAGAAUUAGACAAUUCGACGAGUUUAGAUCUUCACAUGGUGUCGAUUUCCAAACCGAUGACAAAAUCUAUUACAGCAACGUUCCCACUUGGCAUAUCAGUGACUGUCGAAGCAAAGAAGGGAUUGCUGUCUGUAGUGUUUGCUGGCCCUGACAAGCAGCGUGGUGAAACUCGAGGACUGUUGGGAGUUUGGAAUGGAAACAAGGAUGAUGACUUUGUAUUCAGGAAUGGAACCAUUCUUUCUGCUAAUGCUACGGACAGAGAAAUACACCAGUUUGGGCAAGACUGGCAGAUAACCUUACAGGAGAGUCUAUUUUACUACAAGAUGGGUGAAAAUGUGUCAACCUUUUCAUAUCCUGAUCAUUUGCCAGUUUUCCCAGAUGAGAUUCCUAUGAGCAAUUUUACAACAGAACAAAUUACUCUUUGUGGUGUUGGCAAUACAGCAUGUCUCUAUGACUUCCUACAGACAGGAGAUGCUGAUAUUGCGAGCGAGACCAAGCAGACAGAUGAGGACAACAAAGCUCUUUCUCAGAAUUUAGUGAACAACCCACCAAAGCUGUUUGGGAAUGCAACAUUUCGUGUUCAUAUCAACACAUCUGCCACCUAUUUGUUUUCUGUAUCCGAUCCAAAUGACACGUAUGUUGUAAAUCUCCAAGGAAGUCUGCCUGCUCCUUCUGACUAUUCUUUAUCUCAUGAUGGGGAUGCAUACAACUUCACAUGGACACCGACAUCUUUCUCUCCUGUUCGACUCCUCUUUAUUGCAAAUGACUCGCUUGGAUCAACGGCCAUUCUUCAUCCAGAGGUUCGUAUCUGUGGCUGUGCACUCGACUUGAAUGCCACUUGCGUUGAAUCAAAUAAGGAUGGUGGAGACGAUUUGUUUAUUAUACAAGACUGCAAAUGUGGAUCUGGAUGGGAAGGACAGUUCUGUGAUCAGGACAUGGAUGGAUGUGAAGAAAUCAAUUGCUUUGAAGGUGUGGAGUGUUUUGACAACAUUGCACCACUGACUGGUGCCAAUUGUGGACCAUGUCCAAGUGGCACUCAAGUUAGUGAUGGCAAAUGUGUUGAUAUCAACGAAUGCAAUUCAACUAACACUCCUAAUGGUGGGUGUGAACAGAAAUGUGUGAAUCAGUUGUUCAGCUUCAAUUGCGAAUGCGACUCUGGUUUUCGUCUGAAUCAAGACAAGAAAUCAUGCUCAGACAUAGACGAAUGUGAAGAGUUCGAUUCUUGUCACCAAACUUGCAACAAUACAGAAGGCUCUUUCUUUUGUGGUUGUGAAAAUGGAUUUACACUGAACAGCGAUGAUAGCAGAACGUGCGAAGCUGACAACGUUUGUGUCAUACCGAAUAAUUGUAUGCAAGAUUGUGCUGUAAUAAAAGGUGUAGACGUAUGCUUUUGUAAGCAAGGAUAUCGUUUAGAGAAUGGGGUGAUGUGUGAUGAUAUAGACGAAUGUUUGGAGAACAAAGACAAUUGUGAUCAAGUGUGUAUCAAUAACAACGGCUCAUUCGUUUGUCAGUGUUCUGUAGGAUAUCGCCUCCAACUAGAUGGAAAGUCUUGUCAAGACAUCAAUGAAUGUGUUGAGAAUACCCAGCCUUGCAAUAUUUCUGGUCAACAGUGUGUAAAUACGGCAGGAAGGUAUCGGUGCGAGUGUCCUGGUGGCACGAUUCUUGUCAAUAAUAGCUGCCAAGUUGAAUUAUCAACUCCUACUGCUGUGAUGACUGAAUUACCAACUUCUACUAUAAUGACAGCAACUGCACCAUCCACUUCAUUGUCAGUUACCACAAAAGCACGUUCAAUCACUGCAACAGUGCCGUCAAACGUAACCACACCUGCCACUGCACCUGAAUUAAUUGCUGUGGUAGUUGCCAAUAUGACAUUGUCAGAGUUCAAUGCUUCUGAGUCAAACUUUACAAGAGCUGUGGCUCAAGUUCUAUCCAGUUACUGUAGCGACAAUGUAGCAGAAUGUUCACAACAAGCUUCUUCUAAGAGAAAGCGUGCAGUACUAGUUAUCGAUCCAACAGAUGUGAUUGUUGUGAGACCAGUGCAUGUGGUGGAAUCUAAUCUUCGGAUUAUGUUUUAUGUUCGAGCACUUAUUUCGGCUAAUACUGCAGUUCACGCUCUUAACUCGACAAGUGGGCAGCAACAGUUGAGAGAUUCGGGAUUUACAGUGCUUUCUGUUAUUGCCAUUCCUUCCACCACUACGACUACCACAACAUCUGCAACUCCCACUAAUCGUGGAAAGACCGAUGAUUCUGGUCUUAGCACUGGUCAGUUGGCUGGCAUUAUUGCUGCUUGUGGGAUUACUGCUAUUCUUGUCAUCAUUGCCAUUGCAUUAUGGUGGUAUAGAUGCGGUAGACGAUCUAAAGUGAGUCCGGUUAAUGUUGAUGAUGAUGGGGAUGGUAGGGAAAGUAUGCAAAUGGUGACCAGGAAAUUUGAAGGAGAUCCUAACAAGACCACAUCUCAUUCUCGGGUUGACUAAAUGCAGUUGACUAGGUUUAGUGAUGAAUCAUCUGCUGUAGUACAUUAAUAGUCAUGCUACAGUGAACUUUAUGUCACAUGACGUCUUAUAGCUGAUUAUAUGUAGAUUGUGAUAUUGUUUGAUUUACCAUAGUGCGCAAUACUGAUUGCCAACUCAGUCAAUAUUAUCUUAUUAGAUUAGCAACAUCA